GCGCGGUGCAUUCUGGGUACACCUCAAGAUGGCGGCGCCCUUGCACAAAUGUUGAGAAACUGUCUCGGCUGGAAGUUCUGAUUAAAAUUAGCCAGAGGUCUACUGUGUUGAUCCAUCAUUAAAAACAACAUAAAAAGCACGGAAAAAGACCGUAGGAUUAAAGUAUCCCCCGCCUGCCGUGGCUCACGCAGAGUGUGUGUUUGAGGAUGAUGACGGGCCGCUGCGCCUGACCCAGAACCAAAAGGAGAGCCAUCUCAGAUCACCCUGCAAACACCUCUUGAUCCAGCGCCUGCAGAUCUCUACAGGCUGUGGACGCUGCAUUUAAGCUGCUGACGGGAGUUGAUCUGUGUGAUCGUCCGCCGGACGCAGCGGAUCUUUAGCUCGAGCUUUGCAGAACUCUGCCGAUAAGAGUUUCCUUAUAAAAAUGGAUGCUGAGCUGCUUCACUCUCCUGUGGUUGGUCUGACGGAGGAGGAAGAGGUGGACAUGACUGACUGGAAUGUUCCACUGGCCUUCAUGAAGAAACGCCACACAGAGAAGAUUGAGGGAUCCAAAGCUUUGGCUCAAAGCUGGAGAAUGAAAGACAGGAUGAAAACAGUGAGUGUGGCUCUAGUUUUAUGUCUCAAUGUUGGAGUGGACCCUCCUGAUGUAGUCAAGACAUCACCUUGUGCAAGACUAGAGUGUUGGAUAGACCCUCUGUCCAUGAGUCCACAGAAAGCCCUGGAGACGAUAGGGUCCAAUCUACAGAAACAGUAUGAGAACUGGCAGCCAAGGGCCCGCUAUAAGCAGAGUUUGGACCCUACAGUUGAUGAGGUGAAGAAGUUGUGUACUUCACUGCGGAGAAAUGCCAAAGAGGAACGUGUUCUCUUUCAUUAUAAUGGCCAUGGGGUUCCUCGACCCACUGUCAAUGGAGAGAUCUGGGUCUUCAACAAGAACUACACACAGUACAUCCCUCUCUCCAUCUAUGACUUACAGACGUGGAUGGGAAGUCCCUCCAUCUUCGUGUAUGACUGCUCUAAUGCAGGGAUCAUUGUCAAGUCAUUCAAACAGUUUGCAUUGCAAAGGGAGCAGGAGCUGGAGGUGGCAGCAAUAAACCCUAACCACCCACUGGCUCAGAUGCCCCUGCCUCCCUCCAUGAAGAACUGCAUUCAGCUUGCUGCCUGUGACGCCAAUGAACUCCUGCCCAUGAACCCUGACCUCCCCGCUGACCUUUUCACAUCCUGUCUCACUACACCAAUCAAAAUUGCCCUACGCUGGUUCUGUAUGCAGAAGAGUGCAAAGCUGGUGCCCGGAGUGACCUUGGACCUGAUUGAGAAGAUUCCCGGCAGGCUGAAUGACAGAAGGACACCAUUAGGGGAGCUGAACUGGAUUUUCACAGCUAUCACUGACACAAUUGCAUGGAAUGUCCUGCCGAGAGAUCUCUUUCAGAAAUUGUUUCGUCAAGAUCUUUUGGUGGCCAGUCUAUUUCGAAAUUUCUUAUUGGCUGAGAGAAUAAUGAGGUCAUAUAACUGUACACCAGUUAGCAGCCCCAGGUUGCCACCCACAUACAUGCACGCUAUGUGGCAAGCGUGGGACCUAGCGGUGGACAUUUGCCUCUCCCAGCUUCCCACCAUCAUCGAGGAGGGCACAGCUUUCAGGCAUAGUCCAUUCUUUGCUGAGCAACUGACAGCCUUUCAAGUGUGGCUGACAAUGGGUGUGGAGAACAGAAACCCACCAGAGCAGCUGCCCAUUGUCCUGCAGGUCCUCUUAAGUCAGGUGCACAGACUGAGGGCACUGGAUUUGUUGGGGCGAUUUCUGGACCUGGGCCCUUGGGCCGUCAGUUUGGCUCUUUCAGUGGGGAUUUUUCCAUAUGUGUUGAAACUGUUACAGAGUUCAGCAAGAGAGCUCAGGCCUCUUUUGGUCUUCAUAUGGGCGAAGAUCUUGGCUGUGGAUAGUUCAUGCCAAGCUGAUCUUGUAAAAGACAAUGGACACAAGUACUUCCUGUCGGUGCUGGCUGACCCGUUCAUGCCUGCUGAGCAUCGGACCAUGGCAGUCUUCAUCCUUGCUGUCAUUGUCAACAACUACAACACAGGACAGGAGGCUUGUCUGCAGGGUAACCUGAUUGCGAUCUGUCUGGAGCAGCUGAAUGACCCUCAUCCUCUUCUGAGGCAGUGGGUGGCAAUCUGUUUGGGCCGUAUCUGGCAGAACUUUGAUUCUGCACGCUGGUGUGGAGUUCGAGAUAGUGCUCAUGAGAAGCUCUACAGCCUUCUGUCUGAUCCGAUACCAGAGGUGCGGUGUGCAGCUGUGUUUGCUUUGGGUACAUUUGUUGGGAAUUCUGCAGAGAGAACCGAUCAUUCUACCACCAUUGAUCAUAAUGUGGCCAUGAUGCUAGCACAACUCAUUAAUGAUGGAAGUCCCAUCGUGAGGAAGGAGCUGGUUGUUGCUCUUAGUCACCUGGUGGUGCAAUAUGAGAGUAAUUUCUGUACUGUGGCUCUGCAGUUCAUGGAGGAAGAGAAAAACUAUGUUGUACCCUCACCCGCAAAUUCCACAGAGACAGGAAAUGUUACUCCAGGUAGAGACAGUCCUGCCAUCCCUCGUUUACGUUCAGUGAACUCCUAUACAAAUCUAAGAGCUGCCACCACUGCUCGAACCCUCAAUAAGAGUCUUCAGAAUCUCAAUCUCAACGAGGAGGGUGGUCCGGCAGCAUUCUCUCCAGGGAACCUGAGCACCAGCAGCAGUGCCAGCAGUACUCUGGGCAGUCCUGAUAAUGAUGAAUACCUCCUCUCCUUUGAAACCAUCGACAAGAUGAGGAGAGUCAGCUCAUACUCUUCCUUGAAUUCUCUCAUUGGAGUGUCUUUUAACAGUGUAUAUACUCAGAUUUGGAGGGUGUUACUGCAUCUUGCAGCUGAUCCAUUUCCCGAUGUCUCUGACUUGGCCAUGAAGGUUCUCAACAGCAUCGCAUACAAGGCCACCAUGAAUGCUCGUACACAGAGGAUUCUGGACUCAGGAUCUCUGACCCAGUCAGCACCUGCCAGCCCCACCAGCAAAGGAACACUCAUACAUCAAGCAGGUGCUUCCCACAGAUCCAAACCCUCUUCAUCUCCCUCCAGCGGAUCUCCACCUAUGCCUGGUGCCUCCAGCUCUAGCCUCACCAAUGAAGUCCCCAAACCACCCGUUCGAGAGGGGCUGCCUACUCGGCCACCAUACACACCAACUCUGGGUGGCCAGGCGCCCCACUCGCAGCAGUUCCCACGCACCAGGAAGAUGUUUGACAAGGGCCCUGAUCAGACUGCUGAAGAUGGAGAUGAGGCAGCCGCUCACAGGAGCUUCAUCAGUGUGAAUCUGCAGACCGGACUUUGCGACUGGAGUGCCAAAUACUUUGCUCAGCCCGUCAUGAAGAUUCCAGAAGAGCAUGACUUGGAGAGUCAAGUUCGUAAGGAGAGAGAGUGGAGAUUCUUACGCAAUUCACAAGUACGCAGACAAAGCCAACGCAUCACUCAAAGAGGAGUGACAAGGUUAGAUGAUCAGAUCUUCAUCAACAGAAAUCCAGGAGUUCCAUCAGUGGUGAAGUUUCAUCCAUUUAACCCCUGCAUCGCUGUAGCUGAUAAAGACUCAAUCUGUUUUUGGGACUGGGAGAAAGGAGAGAGGUUGGAUUAUUUCUACAAUGGGAACCCACGAUACACGCGCAUUACAGCUAUGGAGUACCUUAAUGGACAUGACUGCUCUCUCCUCCUCACUGCCACUGAUGAUGGAGCUUUGCGAAUUUGGAAGAAUUUUGCUGACCAGAGGAAUCCAGAGAUGGUCACAGCGUGGCAGGGGCUGUCCGACAUGCUGCCCACCACACGAGGUCUGGCCCGACGGGUCUCAAUCUAUCUUGACAGAAGUAAGCAGGGAGGUGCAGGUAUGGUGGUGGACUGGGAGCAGGAGACUGGCCUCUUGAUGACGUCAGGUGACGUUAGAGUCAUACGGAUCUGGGACACAGAAAGAGAAAUGAAAGUGCAGGACAUACCUACAGGAGCAGACAGCUGUGUGACCAGCCUAUCAUGUGAUCCUCAGCGGUCACUUGUGGCUGCAGGUCUUGGAGACGGAUCGGUUCGGGUGUACGACCGCAGAAUGGGACCUAACGAAUGUCGUGUGAUGACGUAUAGAGAACACGGUGCUUGGGUGGUGAAGGCACAUCUGCAGAAGGGGCCUGAAGGACACAUUAUCAGUGUCAGUGUGAAUGGAGAUGUGCGUUUCUUUGACCCACGGACACCAGAAUCAGUUAACAUCUUGCAGACAGUAAAAGGACUCACGGCUCUGGAUAUCCAUCCUCAAGCAAACCUGUUCGCUUGUGGCUCUAUGAAUCAGUUUAUCGCUGUGUAUAACUCCAGUGGGGAUGUCAUCAGCAACAUUAAGUACUAUGAUGGUUUCAUGGGUCAGAGAAUUGGAGCCAUCAGCUGCCUGGCAUUCCACCCUUACUGGCCUCAUCUUGCUGUGGGCAGUAAUGACUACUACAUGUCCAUCUACUCAGCAGAGAAGAGACUCAGAUAACAUCAUGACCUCUCACCUUUGACCCCUGCUGCCCCCCUUGGAUGUAAAUGACUUCCUGUAAAUAUGCAACAACCACAAUGAAUGUCUAAAGAAGGCUGCUGAACCCACACAUGAUGACUAUAUUAGAACCAUUAUUAUUAUUAUUCUCAACAUAAGUAUCAUUAUGGAUUUACUGAUUGUAGUAGACAUGGCUGUGCCGGAGGAGUAUGUACUAUUUCAAUUGCAUAUAAAGAUCUAAAAACAAGUCUUUAUGGUUUGGCCAAUGUUGGCCAUAGUUUUUGACUGUCUUGGAACUGAUAACCUCCUGAAGAAUCAGAGAGAUCGACCUGAAGACAAGACAAAUGAAAUGAUGAACUUCCCUACGCUUGGUGUUCAAUGCUGACUGUGAAGGCCCAUUGCUCAGUGGGUUUUCUCUGAAACCCUGUGCCUCAUCAUAUAUAUGCUGAAGUACAGUUGGAUGUGCUUUUCUGAAAAACUCUGUCAAUCUUGCUGUAGAGCCGUAGUUUUUUAAGUGUGCAGGCAUGCAUUUCUUGUGUGACAAAAUAGCCAACAGAUGGGGUGUACUUACUCGCCAAACACAACCUCCCUUACAUAUCCAUUCUUAACAUGUUCACACACAUGCACUAUGCCAAACCUUCUCUGCAUCAAACACAACACUUUAUUGAACUGCACAUACAAAAAUGUAGUUUUACACAUCAACACCACAUACUGACUCUGACCUCAAAGCACUGGACAUUGAUAAAAGGGCCUGCCGCUCAUUUGCAUCCACACCAAGAACUGUGGAGCCUGGGAGAAACGCAAGGUUCUUAAAGUUAAGCUCAUAUAAUCAGGAUAAAGAUUUUCAUGGAUUUCAAGACAGAAAUGUAAAGAUAAGUGAGAGUGAGUUUGCCAUUAAUUUUUGCCUGGGCUGUAGAAUAACCUUGAGUUUUUUAAAUUUGUUUUUGUUUUUUUGUUUUUCCAUUUCUUUUUUUGCCUUCAAGAGUCAUACAGUAUGUAAUGUGUUUUUUUUCUCUCUUACUGCACACAUAACUCACUAUAUGAAAAUUGUGCCAGAGCCUCUGUUUUAGAAAGUUAGUUAGUUAGUUCAAAGAAAUGUUUCUUCUUCAUGCUGCCAAUAGAACAUUACCUACUUUUGCAGCAACAAAAACUUUUGUUCUCUUGAGCCAGUGGUCAUCAUUAUCUUUCCCCCUUCCUGCUUAGAGAUUCAUCUAAAAUGUGCUACACAAAUUAAUUUUGUCUUAAACUGAUAGGUGGUCUCUAUUAAUGUUUUUCUUCAAAUGGAAAAAGUAUUGCAUUUGACAGAGCAGAAAAUUACUAUUUUAUAUUUUUAGCCUCUCAUGACGUUGGACAUGAUCUGUUUCCACUUUCACUUAUCCUGUCACUCCAAUAGUGUAUAGUCUCCUGGUUACCUACCAGUGACACAGCAUUAUGUGGAAUCAAAUACAACUAUCAUGUCUGUCAUUUUAGCACUUGUAUACGUUCUCACUAUGUCCUGUGCUGUUGUUAACUCUGAUAAAUUAAUUGUAUUUCUCGGUUUAAGUUUUUAGUGCUUGUGUUUCACAGAGGUUUCAUCUUUGCCCCACAACUGUGCACAGUUGUGAUCAGUUUACACAAGAAUGAAAAUGAAAGUGGUAACUAAAAGCGUAAAGGGAUAUUUCACACAAAUGUGAAAAUUUUAUCAUUUACACACCCGCGACUAAUUCCAAACAUGCAAGACCAUUCUUUCGUGGAACACAAACAAGAUAUUUAUCAAAUACUUUUUUUUCCAUUCAAUGAAAGUGGAUGGGGACCAGGCAAUUCAAAGACAGUAAUUGCCAAGUGAUACAGGUUUCGCAGAACAUGAGGGUAGGUAAAUGAUUCUGUUUUCAUUUUUUGGUGAUCUACCUCUGUACUGCAGCAAAAUCAGGUGGAGCUUUAUAAAUAUCUUAGUUAUUCAGCAUUAUUUGGAGUAUAUGUGAAUAAAAUGUAUCAGUCGUUCUGAAGUGAGAUUUGUAAGGAAUUUUAAGUUGCUGAUAGAUUGAAUAGCCAAUAAAUUAAACUAGAAGGGUUGAGGAUCAGGGUGGAAAUGUAUUUUUGUACAAGCUCUGAUCAGAGUGGUUGUUUGAUUGAUUUUUUUCCUUUCACGUCCUAGUAAAAAAAAUCUGCAAGCAAAUGGGGACUUUUAUUGUGAAGUGACUGAUGGAAACAGGCCUGGAUCAAAUCUUGAGAGAUAUUUACCCAGCUCAUAGACAGUUACCUCUAGAGCAAUCAUGUCACAAAUUACACAAUUAAGGGGAAUUUAAUUCAUAGCAAAAAAAAAUCUAAUAGUUCAGUGGAAGAAAAAAUGUAUUAGAAUAAGUUUUGAAGCUCGCAUCCUGGAUUAGUUGAAUUGACCCUAGUCCUGAGUCUGCUGUUCUGUCUGAGAUGGUGAAGAUCAAACAACAUUGUGUGUAGUUUUACGUCAGUGUUAGUACCCUGAUUUUCUGAUAUAUCUCUGAUAAUGUCACGGAAAUGACGACUAGCAGAUAUGCUUAAUUCUUACCUUCCAGAAAUCUAAUUCUUGAAAUGUGCUUGCAGUUAUGUUGUUACUUUUGUAAACUGGUUUAUGUAAUAUGUGUAUUUUAUUUUUAACUAUAAGUUUUAUUUUUUUUCCUCUUUUAAUCUCUUAAUUUCCUCUCCUUCUUUUAUCUUUGUGUUUUUGACUUGCAUUUUUUUGGUAUGGCUGCCAUUCUCUUGCUGUUGUUGCAUUAAUUACUGAAUGAAAGAGAAAGCACAUUUGUCCUUUACCCACAGUCUCUUGUUGGAUUCUCUGCCCCCUUUGGACAUUUGUUUUCAUUAAAAAAAGGAAUAUUUCAGUUCAAAUCAGUGGAUUUUUAAUAAUCCCAAUCCCUGCUCUGCUAAUCCUGCUUUGGGUUUUAACAUUAAAAUAAAAAGAUAAAUUAGUAAAAUGAAUUGAAACAAUCAGGUGUUUUUCUGUGACUGUAGACUGCUUUUUCACCAUGGUUUAAAGGCAAGAAGCAAGCAUUCAAAUAAACAAGAUAUGUAAAUGAACA